AGCUGAUUGUGCGGCGUGGCUGGAUUGAGGCAUACGAGAGGCCUGAUGGCCUUGCUGCUGCUGCUGCUGUACCUGCGGGUAUACGUGGUGGGCACCCUGCUGUGGUUGGACAAACUGCUGCCCGCUACCAGUUUGGCCCUGCACAAAUUGGGGAUGAAAAUGCAAGUCACUCGCACUGGCAGGCACAGGGAGAUGAGUGGCCCGACCUGAGGGAACGUUGGUAUACUGCUGUUGCUGUUGGUGCUGCUGUACGGAAACGAGCUGAGAAUGUGACUGAGAAUGAGUCUGCGAUGGUACUGCAUGUUCUGAUUGAAGAUAACCUAUGUGCGCGGGGCUGGUGCCAGCAUACGUAUCGAGCCAUUGAUGAUAGUUGGGUGUCUCGAUUGAGAGGGCCUGUUGAGGGUCGUAAAACGAAGAAGUAGCGCCUAUCAUUGCGGAUUGGGCAACGUCGGGAGCA